CUACAUUUAUACUUAUAAACUUAUUUUUAUUACACAUUUACCACUUACUCAUCAUACCAUGCAUACACGUGUUCUCUCCCCAUGCAUCAUCAAUCAAAUCAUACUCUCUUCCCUCUCUUUUUUCAUUUUGUUUUCAUUUCAUUUUCUAUUCUUCAUUUCUGUUCUCUAAGUUCAUUUUGAAUUCAAGUAACCUCCAUUAACCACCCAUAAUUUAUCACGUUUUUCCCUCUUAUUUUUGGUUCAUCCACGAAUUUUCAACUUCCUCUUAGCCCACGAUUUAGCAACUGUUUUUCCCUCUCUGUUUUAUUUUUUUUCAAUCUUAUUUAUACCAUGGCAAUCACUCGGUCAUCUUCAUCCCCUUCUCCAGUUCUCAAAAAGAAAUCAAAAAUGGGCAAGAAAUCUUUGGCCAACAAAUCCAAGGGUAAACGCCCAAUCAAUGAUGAUUUUGAUUCUGAUUUUGAAGCUCCCAUGCCGAAGCGUGUGAAACCCACUUCUUCGAAGAAAUCGAAGCUGAACUUGGAGGAGCCCUCGCUUCCAGAAAUUUCUGGGAAAAAAUUUCAAAAAUAUAUUACACAUACUGAAGAUCGGACUGAGGUUGGUUUUUAGUUUUAUUUUCGUUUCCCCCUUUCUUCCAUUUCUGCUUUACCCAGAUUUUUGGCGUUUUCAUGUUCAUUUUGCUUUGUGUGAUUUUAGGGUUUCAUUUGCGCAUUUUGUUUCAUGUUUUUAAAUUUUUAAGUUAUUUAUUGUUGCGUUUGAUCUUUCCAUUUGAUUCUGGUCUGGGUGUUGUUCUUUAAUUUUGUUUUGUUUUCUUUAUUAUCAGUGUUUUUUUUGUGCUUACAGGUUAUGUGUUUUGUUUUCGUUUUUGGUGUUUUCAAUCAUUCUUCGUUAGUUUCUUUUCAGUUUUUUAAUAGUUUGUUACUGGUAUGUUUUGAUGUGUUUUCGAUUUUCAUUAGGUUUAGUUGUUUGCUGUUAUAUUUUAGAUUUCAAAACGAUUUUCAAAUCUUUGCUCUAUAUUUUUCUAUAGUUGUAUAUGUUUUUUAGUUUGUUUGUUGUUUUAAUAUAGUUUUGUUGUUCUUUUUAUACUGCAUUUUUCGAUUUCUUUUAGGGUUAGUUGUUUACUGUUUUUUUUAUGUUUCCAAACGAUUUAAGGUCUUUGCUGUUAUUUUCUGUGUAGUUGUUUGCCAUUGAUAGUUUGUUUUUAGUUUUUUUGUAGUUGUUUUUCAGUUUUCAUACUGUUUAACUCAGGAUUUAUAAUAUAUAUUGGCCCUUUUUUGUUAUGUUGCAGGUUUGGGACUGUAAAUUUAGUCCUUCUGAUUUUUACAGAUCUAAGUGUGUGUGCACCAGUGUGUAUUCUGUGAUAAAUAAUAUUAAAAACACUUUAUCUGUUAAUUUGCUUUCUUUGUUUCGUCAAACUCAAUUUGGGCAUUUUCUGGAUAUGCCUGAGUUUGUUUUUCACCCACAAGUCGUUCAUAGUUUAUUACUAAGGGAAGUUUUACAGCCUAAUCCUAAGGAGUUUUGGGUUAAGGUUGCUGGCCGUUGCAUACGGUUUAGUGCCGAAGAAUUUUACCUUAAUUCUGGUUUAGAUUGUUUCGGUGAUUGCAACAAGUUGUUGUUUUCACAGGAAACAAAUCAAUUGGUAGAAACAUGUUUCCGUGGUGUAAAAACUAUUGACAACAAAGCCAUCGAGGAUGCUUUUUUGGGUAGUCGGUGGGGUUUGGAUGAGUCUAUUGGUUUGAAAAUGGCUGUUUUGUAUUUCAUUCAGUGUUUUCUUCUUAGCAAUACUCCUGACAAAGAAGUGUCUAGGUUUGUUCUAGAUGUGGUUGAUAGCGGUCGGUGGGAUGAGUAUUGUUGGGGUAGGGAAUCAUUUGAAUUGACAAUUGACUCAUUCAAAGGUAGGAUUGAGCAUGGGAUCAUUAUGAAAAAUAGAAAGGCAGAGAAGGGAGGCCAAUAUGAUGGUUGGUAUAGGGCAUUGGGAUGUCCUUGGGUUUUUACUGUUUGGUUUUAUGAAUGUUGUCCUGCAAUGGUGAACUCUUUCUGUAAGAGAGUUUCAUCUUCUAUUCCCAGGAUUCUGAACUGGAGCAACACCAUCGUCACCAAAAAUCCAACCCUUCGAGACUUGAAGGGCAAGAUUUUUGAUUUACCUUUGGAGAAGUUGAAGAUAAAAAACAUGCGUCCUACUGAUGAAGAGAGGCAGCAGCUUCAACUUGACGGUCUAUUUCUCGAUGAAUCUAUUGAUGAACGUGGUGUAGCGAAGCAACCCUUCGAGGGUGGCUCAUCUUCAAAGAAGUCUGAUUCAGCAGAUAUUGAUUGGAUGAAAUCUAAGCUGGAGAUGCUCAGUUCGAAUCAAUCAUCAUUGGCCGAGGACUUCAUUUCGUUGAGGUGUUUUGUUGAUUUUAAUUUCAAAUCCGUAAUGACUGUAAUUAAGGAUAUCCAAGAGAAGGUUAAUGCCAUUCAUCGUCGUCCUUCUGACGAGGUAUUUAUUCUUAUUUUAUUGUUUAGGUUUUUUUAUAUUUUUUUUUGUAUAGUUUCUUUACUGUUUUAUUUAAGUUUCAUUUAUGUUGGUUGUUACAGGGAAAGUCAUCGGAUGAAUUAGUAACUCAAGAUUCUGAUGAUGAUGAUGAUGAUGAUGAUGAUGAUGAUGAUGCCGAGGAUGAUGACAAGCAAUUGCCUGAUCCAGAGAAUAUUGAUUCCGACUCCGACGAUGGUGGUGAGUUGGUUAAAGUUGGUGGGGAUGCUGAUGAUGCUGACAAGGCUGUUACUGCUGUCCCUUAUGCUGAUGUGAAUCCUUCUGAGGAUGUUGGAGGGAGUGAUAAAAAUGUUAAGGAUGUUGAGAAGCCGAAGGGCGAUGAGUCUCGAUUGAAGGGGGACGAUUUCUUUGAUGGGUUGAGCCAGCUUGUAAUAGAUGAUGAUCAAGUUGUGUUGGCUGGCUUGGAGGCUGUUGCUAAAAUCAAUGUAAGUUUACUUUUAAUUGUUUUCAAAAAAACUAGGUUUCUUUUUGGUUGCUCAUUAGUUUCUAAUAUGUUUUGCAACUGUUUUAAUGCAUUCUUUAUUUUUUAGGUCCCCCCACCCAAUCCAGAUGUUGUUGGUGAAAAGUCAGAUGCCCUUCAUACUGAUGAAGAAACUGAGGAUACUGUCUCUGAUACACCUCUGUUGGAUAAGAGGAAGCGUGCUCCGGCCUUGAAAUCUCCAUUUGUUGAUUUCGGGUCUGCUGAUGUCGGGAGCACUCCAAUGGAGCUUAUGUCCUCAGGUUCUCAGUCUGCUGGCGAUGAUAGGGAUUUCAAAAUGGUGACUUAUGUGAAGGGCCUUUAUGCUCUUAAUGAUGCUUUUGCUGAUCCCGUAUCUACCGAGAUUGAGGCAAAAUUUGACUCUUGGAUUGGUGAAGGAUUGCUUAAACAUCCCAGGCAUUAUAAUUGUUAUGAAGACGGCGCAAAGAAAUUUACCCCGGGUUUUAGGCUAGGUGUUGAUUAUGUUGAGGAUAAAACUUGGUUUUACCAUUUGGCCACAUGCGACAUGUUUAUGAACGACUCGCAUAUGAACACCAUAUUCUAUUACCUUCGGAAAAAAGGUAAGUAUUCUUCCGCUGUGACGUUGAAUUUCGCAACCACUGAUUGUCUUUUUGAUGAUUCCAUCCAAGCAUUGUACCACAAAUUUAACAAGGCCAAGUCAAUGAAGACUAAGAUGUCACACAUUCACGUUGCCCACCCAAUUGCGCAUUACAUCCGAGGUAUGCGCAUUCCUUGUUCCAAGCCUUGGUAUGAAGCCGAUCACGUGCUUUUCAUCAUCAAUUUAAGAAGGGAAAGUCAUUGGGUUUUUGGGCGUCUUGACGUGCACGAAAGGAUGUUAUUUCUGUACAAUUCUUUGAGAACCGCGAAGAUGAAUGCCGCAGCUAGGAAUGCGAUGAAGGCUUAUUCCGUGUUGCUGCCUUUGUUUUUCGAUUUACUUGGGUUCUGGAAGAAUAGAGCACAAGUUCCUGCCUCAGUUUCUGACCCUACAGCUCCAUUCAGAAUCGUGGAGCUUAGUGGUAUUGCGUCUCAGCAGAAGAAUGAUUGUGGAGCAUAUGUUGCUGCCUUUGCUGAAUUCUUUAUACACGGAAAGGAUGUCCCUGCAGACUUUGACAUCGAAGUUUAUCGAACCCGACUUGCUUCACUUUUCUACUCGUACGGACAAAGGAAAAUUGACGAAAGUAUUGACAGCGAGGAUGAGAAGCAAUCCAAGUCUUCUAAGGCAUCUAAAUUGAAGAAAUAGGAACUUUUAAUUUGGUGGCUCUAUUAUGUUAUUUGUUGAAUCUAUUUACUUGACAAGUUUUAGUGUUGUUGUGUGUUUAAAACUAUGUAGCUGGUUUAAAACUUUUAGGAUAUUUGACAUUCACUCCUUAUAAUAUCUUUAUUGUAUAGGUUUGUAUUUCCCAAAGUUGUGUGUUUUUUUAAUUGUUCAAGUUCUUAUAUACGGUCGCACAACUAUGGAGAAACUAUUAACCAACUAAAUACAAACUAUGUUUUCAUUUUUCUAAAAUAGUGCUAUGAAUGUAUAUUUAUUCUUCGUA